CUCUACGCCAUCGAUGAUGAUAUGCGGUCUGAAUACCUGCUCCAAAAACUCAACAUCGCGUGGAAUCAACGAAGAGGGCACGGAAAGCUGGCCUUGUUACGCUCGAUUUUCAGCACGACGAAGAUGGCUUUGCUAGUCACGGCGGUACCCAGACUCGUCCUGGUUGGAUUCAAGUUUUCGCAACCUUUCCUCAUCAACCGAAUCAUCAAGUACGUCGAUGGAGACCGAGGAUCUGAUUCCAAGUCUGUUGGAUACGGUCUGAUAGCUGCGACGGGCUUAGUCUACCUGGGCAACGCGUUGUCGACGGGUUUCUACCAACACAAGCUCUUCCGUUACAUCACAAUAAUCCGUGGAUCUUUGGUGUCUCUCAUUAUGUCCAAUAACCUCGAGCUAGAUACAGCGAAGGCCAGCGAUUCGUCUGCACCAUUGACCUUGGUCAGCACCGACGUGAGAACCAUCUGCAGGUCAUUUGAAACGAUCCAUGAGGUGUGGGCAAAUCCCAUUGAGAUAGGCAUUGCCAUAUGGCUACUUCAAAGACAGCUUGGCCUCGGAAGCGUGGGACCGGCUGUAACCAUCAUCGCUUGCACAAUUGGUAUGGCGAGGUUGUCGAAACUUAUGCCUCGAGCCUCGAAGAUUUGGAACGAAGAAAUCCAGAAGCGCAUUACAGUCACUUCGGAUGUUCUUGGUGCAAUUAAGGAGACGAAGAUGCUAGGAAUGGUAGACUACCUUCAGCGUGCGAUUCAAGAUCUGAGAGUGGCAGAGCUGCGCAGAGCAAAACAGUAUCGCCGGUUCAUCACUUAUAUGAAUAUGCUUGGCAAUGCCCCGUCAAUGAUUGGUCCCGUUGUCACUUUUGGCCUUGCCAUUCUUGCGCAAAAGAUCAAUGCCGGGUUGUCACUGUCUAUCGCCACGGUCUUCACCUCGCUUACCAUCAUCGACCUAAUCGCUGGGCCUCUUGCGCAGCUGAUCACCUCGGUACCUAGCUUGGUGGCAUCUUUGGGAAGUUUCGAACGGAUCCAAGCCUUCCUCGAACAGGGUAGGCCAUCAACGGUCACAAAUCCUGAAUUCCUUGAAGCUGCAAACCACCCUAGCGACCGUGGCUACGCCGAAACUGAUAAUGGCAUAGAGAUGCAUACAAUGCGAACGAAAACGACGUCCGGGCCAUCUUCCGAGCAGAGAGAUGUUGCGACAGUUCAGAACGGUUCGUUUAGACUCAAGGUCGACGAAGAGCCCAUUCUGCACGACAUCAACCUCCGCAUCGCCGCUUCAACUAUGACUAUCGUGAUUGGUAGAAUUGGCUCGGGAAAGACGACACUCCUUCGGGGGCUUCUCGGCGAACUUCCGACUGCCGGAUCGGUCAAGACUCUUAAAGGUCCUGUAGCGUAUUGUGCUCAGACAACCUGGCUGACGACAGCAACCGUCAAGGAAAACAUUCUUGGCGAAACACCGACCGAUGAGGACUGGUACGAAAGGGUUGUACACGCUUGCGCUCUCGUGCCCGACUUCUCUCAGCUAGCAAACGGAGAUCACACAGUGGUAGGAAGCAAAGGCCAAUCCCUGAGCGGGGGCCAAAAGCAACGGGUUGCUCUGGCGCGAGCAGUGUUCUCCAGAAAGCAUGUCCUAGUUGUUGAUGAUGCGUUGAGUGGACUGGAUAACGCAACCCAGACUCACAUCUGGGACUGUCUUUUCAGCUCACGAGGCCUUGUCCGCCAAUAUGGCGCAACCGUGAUCCUGACAACACACUCAUUGAAAUAUCUCAAAUUCGCGGAUCAAGUCCUCAUUUUGGGCGAUGACGGGCAGAUUGCCAGCCAAGGCAAUUUUGACACUAUUCGGGAGAGCGCCUAUCUUCAGAGCCUUUCUUUCGAGGAUGCGCAGCCCAAAGAUGCGAAGGACGCUGAGACAAUCUCAGUCGCAAAAUCUCGACAGCAAAGUCAACCACAAACCAAAGGGGUAGAGGCUGAAUCAGAGCAGGACCUCUUGAGAAAGGCGGGUGACACUACGCUCUACUGGUACUACCUGAAGUCCAUCGGUUGGUGGUAUGGCUCUGCUGGUGCAAUAUCCUUGAUUUUCGACUGCUUCUUCCGAGUCUUCCCUCAAAUUUGGCUCAAGAUCUGGACGGAAGAGGACGCAAGGACUGGCUCAUCAGACACAGGCUUUUACUUUGGAGUCUACUCUGCGAUUUCUGUCGUGGGCUUGUUUGUUAUUGGCGUCAAUAUCUGGAUAAUGUUUGUUCUGAUCGUGCCUAAGUCUUCUCAAAGCUUGCACUGGACACUUCUCCAGUCUGUCAUGAGGGCACCGUUGUCGUUCUUUGGAUCAACAGACACUGGCGACUUGAUUAACAGGUUCAGCCAGGACCUGUCGCAUAUUGACCGAGAUCUUCCUACAGCGUUGUUCAUGACCUCAAUCGCUGUUCUCGAUUGUCUGGCAGGAGCCGUCCUGAUUGUCAUCGGUGCCAAGUAUCUUGCAGCUGCCAUCCCGUUCGCUUUGCUCGCCCUCUACUGCCUACAAGCUUUCUACCUGAGAACUUCUCGCCAGAUGCGGUUCCUCGAUCUUCAGGCGCAGGCUCCUCUUCUGACCAAGUUGAUUGAGACCAUCGAUGGCUUGUCGACCAUCCGCGCCUUCGGUUGGCAAACUGCCUUCCGAGAAACUUCACUUGAACUCUUGGAUGAGUCCCAACGGCCGUACUACCUGAUGUUUUGCAUCCAGCGCUGGCUCACUCUAGUUCUCGACAUUCUUGUCGGUGCUAUUGCAGUAUUGCUGGUCUCGAUGGCCAUGAUGAUACCGGACGCAACUAGUACUGGAGCCAUUGCCAUUGCGCUCUACAAUGUGCUUAACUUCAAUCAAUCUCUGGCAACUCUCAUUACCUCUUGGACGGAGCUUGAAACAUCUUUAGGAGCAAUCUCUCGUUUGCGAACCUUCGUAUCUCGAACACCGAUCGAACCGACGCCUAUUGCUGAAGGGCCGGACAAUAUCCCACGCCAAUGGCCUUCCCAAGGUCAGGUCGAGAUACAGAAUGUGACAGUAUCUUACUCCGCGGAAACGAGACCAGUUCUAAAGGGAGUCUCGCUUUCUAUCCAGCCAGGAGAGAAGGUUGCCAUCUGUGGGCGCACAGGUAGUGGCAAAUCGACUCUCACACUUGCGAUCUUCAAGCUUCUUGGUCUCGAUGCCGGCAAGAUCCUGAUCGAUGGUUUUGACAUUGGCAACGUUCCCAACGACGUGCUUCGUCGAUCGCUUAUUGCCAUCCCGCAGGAACCGCUUCUCUUUCCCGGAAGCCUGCGCACGAAUCUCUUCCCCUUCAGCGACGACUCGAGCGCAGAUGAGGUGCCGUCGGACGAUGACCUUAUAGACGCCCUGACCAAGGUCUCACUAUGGUCAGCCAUCUCCUUGAGUGGUGGUCUCAAAACGGAUGUCUCCAACCUACCACUGUCCAAGGGCCAAAAGCAGUUGUUGUGUCUAGCUCGCGCUAUAGUCAGGAAGAACUCUAGCAAGGUUCUGGUUCUUGAUGAAGCUACCAGUGCCGUCGACCAAGAAACCGAAGAAAUGAUGACUAAGAUCAUCGAGAGCGAGUUCGUUAAUCAUACUAUCAUAUCUGUGGUUCACCGUCCUCAGGCCCUCCGCGGCAUCGACAAGAUUGUCACCUUGCAAGACGGCCGAGUAGCAAGCGUAGGGUCUGCAGAGAACUAAUUAAAACGCGGGCUUUAAAAUGCAGGAGCGGAAAAUAUAUCUAUAGACAAAUCAAUGACAAAUAGGAUAAGUUUGGAUCUCAACUGUCCAUCUUUUUGUCUUGGCUAAUAUGGAUAACCUGGCAAUCAGCCGUUGGUUCUCGCGGUGGGCUCAUAGGCCUGGUCCCCUGUAUAUGCUGUAAUUCCCACAGCGGAACUCCUUGGUAUUGCGUCUUCGGCACGAUCCGUCGGGUGGCUAUCCGCUCUACGAUGCCACAAAGGCUUUCCUUCGCAUUGGCCUUUAUAAUGAGAACCAGGAUGUGCAAGGGGGCCUUCAAUGUCGAUCGCUUUUCUGUUCCCGCAGUUGAGGUUGGCUGGUUGCGUCAAAGCUCCCGAGGAUUUCAAUCUGACAUAGGUGAAGAUGGCUUGAAGUCUAAGAAAUGGCGUUACUUCUUCACAUAACUACACCAUAACGCCUUCGGUAAUUUUCUCAUUCAAUCAAUGUACCUUGAUAAGUGGC